AUGCCGAUAGCACGUGUAGUCUCGUCCCGUUUACGCGUCCUCCAAAGAAACUACCUAUCCCGUCGUGGUGGGCGAGUAAAUGUCGUUCAUACCUCCACAGCCGUGGACUAUGCCCCAGGUUACAUUGCACGCUAUAAGAGGAAUUUGAAUACAUGCCCACGCAUUAUUGAUGCUGAGUUCAUUCAUGGUGAUGAGCAGAGUUUUUGGACUGCACGACGGGAUUUUUAUCGAAGCGGGGCGUCGCGUUCGUACUACCCCGUUUGGGAUCGGCAGGCGCAAGCGUUAAUCAUGUUGACGCGUCAGGUCCCGCGUGUACCUCAGGAGGCGGCGUUUCGUCUCUUUACGUUGGGUUUAAGGCUGUUGUUGAUGCCGAGGUUGAUUAUGAAUGCGGAGCUCAUGUUGCCAUCAUGGAUGCUCUCGAACACCGAAGGUCUUCUUGCGGAAACCAUUUCAAAGAAGGAUGGGGAAAAGGAUGGUGCAACGAAACCUCCCGGGGAUGGUGAUGCGGCCCCAGCCGCCGGGGUUGGAGUUUUAACUCAAUCCUCUGGUGGGAAACUGAAGGCCUCUGAGAAAACGAUAGGGGACGGUUCUAAAUCCCAAAGCAAUUCAAACAAGGCUUGA